AAACAUUCCGAGAGCUCGGCACUUCGCGGAGCGCAACAGCACGACGAUCCUAGCUAGCUAAGCAAGCGAUCGCUUCAGUGAAUCGAUCUUUCUAGUGCACAUGCAAACGUGCGCUAUGUCCUAACAAAAGCGGCCUGACGAACGACGGGAAUUCGAAAUGGUCGAAACUUCUCUCUUUCCGCGGCCGCACUUUGCGACGUUUCUCCGGUCGGACGACGACGUGGAUCCGCUCAGCUACUACCACUACCAGCGACUGCAGCGGAUGCAGAAGGUGGCGCGGCUGCAGGAGCGUCGCUCCAAGUCCCACGAGCCAGGCUACAAGAAGACCACGGCCCUCGCACACGUCCAAACUUCACCGGCGCUCCGGCCUAGUGACGACAAAAGUCGACAAAUUUUUGUAAAGCCGAGUCUGAGGCGCGACACAGCAGAAAUUACACAAGCUCGAAAACAACUCGAGCCUGCGCCGCAACCCGUGCCAUCGCAGGCGGAAAAGUUCGCUGAAGAAAAAAGAGUGUCGGUGUCUGUAGUCGCGGCGGCAAAGCCGGAGCGAGGAUAUGGGGCCGGAGGAAGAAGAGAAGAGGGAGAGACGGAGCUAAAACGCUUUCAGACGGAGCGAACCUCCCAGCCAGCGGUGAGGAGAUUCAGCAGACCAGCGAAAUCAGCACAAGGCAUGCAGCAGCGUUCUUUGCCAAGCAAAACUUCGCUUCUCCCACGACCCAAGACAGCAGGAGUUGUGACUAGGGACGUGGGGACGCUAACCAUCUCUGGCCCCACAGCAGCUAGGAAAACUGACGAGGACGGUACAAAAGUAGUUGACCUUGACUCCAUGGGGGAGGAAGAAAAUGCUAGCUUAGUGAGUGUGGAGAAAAUGAAGGAAAACAUGGCACGGAGUUAUCACUGGACCUCAGCCACAAAGAGAGCCUACAAUGAGGUGGAUUGGUCGGAGCGAGCCACUCCAGCCCCUCCUCCCCCGGUCUCCACAGUGGAGCAUUUUCCUGACCCCGUCUCUCAGAAACUCACCUUCAGACGAUACCACAGCUGCCCCGAGCCUUGGCAGGGAGAUCCCGCUGGAGGAAGAUCCGUCUCCGUUCAGACGGACGUCGCCACUGUCAAAGACCAUAACACUGUUACGGCCCUGCCCUUACUAGUACUGGGUCUCGCCAUGGAAGAUGUUGUUACGGCCGCUGGCGUCGAAACAGGUCUCUUGCUCCCUGACAAAACCAGUCAGACAAGUUUUACUGGUCCGGUGGCCGGCAGUCCCAGUGACAGUGGUGCCAGCUCUGCUUCCUUCCACACUGCAGCCAGCGGCACGUCCUUUACCUGUGGUGGAGAAAUGGAAGAAGACGCACAACAGCACGGUUCUAGUGGAGGAGAGGAAGCUAAAACUACACCCUCUGAUACCGCUAAUGAUGAUGUCAUGGGUAAUGCGGGUGGGUACACCCCAAGUAAUGAGGUCGUAAUUGGUGCUGUGGGUGGGGUUCAAAAUGGAGGUGGAAAGUGCACUGAUUCUGGUGCUAACACUAGUGACACUGGCACUGAAAAAGCACAACCGACAGCCACAGAGAAGGUAUCAGUGGUACUGAAUGAAGAGCUGAGGCGCAAUCAACAUACAGUGGAAUUGAUGUGCAGCGAUGGAUCAGAGGCGGUGAAACAACCAUCAGGAGAGAUGGUAGAACAAUUGGACUCAGUGAAUCAGGGAGAAAGGAGAAGUAAUGAGUUAGUUCAGCACAGUUUGCUCGCUACGAAUGGAGGGGCAGACAUGUCUGAAAAUCAACUUGAUCGAGUGGUGGAAUUGGGGAACCAGAAAGAAGGAUUAGUUUCUUCUGUGGGAGGUGCCCUGCCUAGGCCACCCACGGUGGAGAAGAGAGAAGGGGAGGCCAUGGAGUAUCAGAACGAAGUAGGAGAAGCAAUGCACCACAAUGAAGACACCGUUGAGGAAGCUGGCAAACAGACUGUGUCACAACAGCUCGUGGUGAAGAGAGAAGAUGAAGAGCCUAUGGAAACAGCUGCCCACAAGACAACCGACAAUACGCCAGAAAUUGUGGAAGAAAGCAAGACGGAGAAGGAAGAUUCUUCGUCGAAAAGCUACGGCGAAUUUGAGAAACCUCCUUUGGAAGAGGAGGAAGGUGGGAGAGGAGAGGGAGAGGGUGCAUCGAGUGUCAGCAGCAGUGGGUACGGGGGGUCCAGAGAUGCCAGUCCAGAGGAAGUGGGCGGAGUCAUCACGGAGGACAUGAAGGAGGAAGAGAAGAGACUGAGGGGGAGAGAAUCGCGGGAACAGAGCGUCGGGGAAGAGGUGGGAGAGCUGUCUCAGAUGAAAGAGUACCAGCGAUACAUGAGACUGCAGCACCUGCUCCAGAAGUCGAGCAUCUACUCCAAGUUUCUGCUGGAGAGAAUGGAGAACCAGGUCCAGAGAAGAAGAAGAACGAGGGAAAGAGGAAGCCGGGCAGGGCAGCUGCUGGCAAGGAUCGUGGGGAGUCAACAGAGGCUCAGUCUCGCAGGAGGAGCACCAGGUCUAGCAAGAAAGAGAAAGGCCGAGGAACCAAUUGAACUCUCUCGUUUCAUGGACAACAAGGGUAAGCUGAAGCAGAUGAAGCUGGACAAAGGGGGCGGAGUCAGUGAAGCCGUGGACACUAGCUCGUCCAAGAAGACUGCGACACCUAACGAGAAUGGAACUGACAAAGAACGUAUGAUCAAUGGAAAGCCGGUCCCGAUGGCCCAGCCUCAGCUGAUGACCGGAGGCAUCAUGAGGCCCUACCAGGUGGUGGGAAUGGAGUGGAUCAAGGUGCUCUACGAGAACGGGGUGAACGGUAUACUGGCUGACGAGAUGGGUCUGGGUAAGACCCUGCAGGUUAUUGCGGUGAUUGCUCACCUGAUAGAGAUGGGGGUGAAGGGGCCUUUUAUAGUGGCAGCCCCUCUCUCAACGCUCCCUAAUUGGGUCUCCGAGUUCAAGAAAUUCACUCCUAAGAUACCAGUGAUCCUCUACCACGGCUCACAGCAAGAGAGAGAGAAGAUGAGGAGGAAGAUGUUCUCACUGAAAAGGAAAAGUAGUGAGUUGGACACUCUACCAGUGGUGGUGACAAGCUACGAGAUAUGCAUGAGAGACCAGCGACACCUCAUGUACCGCAAGUGGAGGUUUCUGGUGGUGGACGAGGGUCACCGCAUCAAGAACCUCAACUGUAAACUCAUCAGAGCCCUCAAGUCGUACGACGCAGCCAACCGUCUCCUGCUCACGGGGACCCCGCUGCAGAACAACCUGGCAGAGCUCUGGUCUCUCCUCAACUUCAUCCUCCCCGACAUCUUUGACGACCUCAACGGGUUCCAGUCGUGGUUUGAUUUCGACGUGAGCGGUGAAGAGACGAGGGAAAAGAUCAUUGCUCAGGAGAGAGAGCAAAACGUCCUAUCAACUCUUCACCAGAUCUUGACACCGUUUCUGCUGCGGAGACUGAAAACGGACGUGGAGUUCUCUCUCCCUCCCAAGAAGGAGGUGGUGGUGUACGCUCCACUCACUUUAGUCCAGCAGAAAUACUACUCUUCUCUACUGGACAGGACCAUCAUGGAAAUGGUGAAGGGAAAGUCGGGCGAUGGUUCAGCGGCAGAGGACUCGACUUUGAAACCAAGACUCAGAACAGCUCGCAGCAAAGGGUAUGCCCAGUUGAGUGAUGACCAAUUUGAGAGCCUCCUCUCGGGAGACAAGAGCUACGAGGAACUGGUGAAACCAGAGGAUGGCAAGAACAACAAACUACCCCUGUCCAAGAGGUCGGCCACCAACAUCAAGCUGACCAAUGUGUGGAUGAUGCUGCGCAAGUGCUGCAACCACCCAUAUCUCCUGGAGUUCCCGAUGACCUCAGACGGAGAGUUCAGAAUCGACGAAGACCUCGUGUCAUCCUGCGGGAAGAUGAUGAUCCUCGACAGACUCCUCCCACUUCUCAUCACGAGAGGACACAAGACCAUAAUAUUCUCCCAGUUCACCACGAUGCUGGACCUACUAGCCGACUACAUGGACCUCAGAUCCAUCGGCUACGGGCGGCUGGACGGACAGAUGCAGUUCAGCGAGCGGCAGACGCAGAUGGCCGUCUUCCAGGGAGACCCUGAUUGCUGGGUCUUCCUCACUAGCACGAGGGCUGGAGGACUCGGGAUUAAUCUCACUGCUGCAGAUACUGUCAUUAUUUACGACUCUGACUGGAACCCGCAGGCGGACCUGCAGGCUCAGGACAGGUGUCACCGGAUCGGACAGACGAAGCCCGUCAUGGUCUACCGACUGGUGACUGCCAAUACAUUCGACCAGAGGAUCGUGGAGAGGGCCAACAGCAAACGCAGGCUGGAGAAAAUGGUCAUUCACAAAGGAAAGUUCAAGGGCUAUUCAGGAGAGGAUCAGCAGCUGUCACUGGAGGACCUCACAUCACUGCUCCAGUCAGUGGACCACGAGACAGUCGUCGAUAGCAGUGAUGUAAUCAUCUCCGACAAGGCCCUUGAGGCCCUGCUUGACCGCAGCGUCAGCACUUCAGGAGAACGGGAGGAGGCGGGGCAGGGACGCAGCAGGGAAAUGGAGGGCGUUUUCAAAGUCAUCCAUGAGCAAAGUUCGUCAGGGAACAACAACACCACCCUGCCUAGUAUCAACACUGCUACUGCUAGUGAAUCAGAGAAUAUGUCUACCGACCAACACAGCAGGGAGGAGGGAGGGAGAGAUGUUGAACAAAAUGUAAGGCUCCACGAGCAAGAUUCAUUGCCCGGCAUCACCGACUGCACCGCAAGUGAAGCGGAGAAUCGGUCAACUGACAAAGACGAAGAGGAGGGAAGGAGGGAGGGGGAACUAGAAGAAACUAUCCACGUACAAAACCCAUUGGGAGUGACAGAACGCAGCAUCACCAACUGCACCACUAGUGAAGCUGAGAAUCGGUCUACCGACAAAGAUGAAGAGGAGGGAGGGAGAGAGGGAGAGAUCAUCACCAACUGCACCGCUAGUGAAACAGAAAGCCACGGUCUGCCUCCUGCUACAGAGAACAGUAAAGUAUCCUCAGUUGAAAAUUCUGAAACAGUUCAACAAUUGCCUCAUGAGUCGUAGAGUUCAUCCCCUGUUCCCAUAAUAGCCUCAUAACUCUCUUCUCUGUGUAUUGGUUUGUAUGGCUCACUAUUCAACCAUAUCACUCCACUUAUAUUUAUCAUGUCGUGCAAUUAUUCACUUAUAACCCUCUGACAAAUACAGCAA